CAUGGCGGCGUCGUCGCGGUGCCCACCUGUGCGCGGGGCGCGCAUCCUUGCCCUCGGGCUGCUCCUGAUGCUGCUGCCGCUGCUGACGGCCCAGCCGAGAGGCUCGCCCGGAGGGGUGGUGCGGGUUCCCGUCUCCGAUCCAGAUGUGCAGGUGGCGGCCGCCUUCGCCGUGGAGGCUUACAACAAGGCCAGCACCAACUCCGUUUACAGCCGGGCGCUGCGGGUCCUGCUGGCGUCUCACCAGAUUGUCGCAGGCAGUUUGUAUUAUCUAACGAUUGAGCUGGUGAACACAAAAUGUGAAAAGAAUGAGAGGGCACGAUUGACGCCAGCAGACCUGGAGCGAUGCCCACUGCCCCCGAAGGCAGAGCAGGAGAAAGAAAUCUGCACGUUUCAGGUCUGGACUCGUUCUUGGCUAAAUGACAUCCGCUUGACGCACAUGAGCUGUGAAUAGGCUCAUUUCGAAUUUGCACGCCUGUCUGCUAGCAAGAAGGGCCUUUGCCGUGAAUUGAGGCUAAUUCUCGCUAAUUAGGCCAAGCUGCCUGCCCUCCUUUACAGUCUCCAGAAUUCAUCUGGCAGAGAUGAGAAGACAGAGUCUGAAGUUUUGCCUGCUGGCGGGUAACAUGGAAGCCCAUCUCGAUAUUCCUCUCAUAGUCUUUAAGGUGCCACCAAAUCCCAGCUGAACCACAAUUUUCUUCCAAUAGAAGCUUUCCUAGACCAGCGCUUGAGAUGUAAAAACAAAUUGUGGCUUUAUCUUCUUCCCAUCUGUC